AUGACGGCAAAUAGCCAGCCCACGUUGCGUGAGCAGGUGGAGGAUUUCCUGUUCCGGGAAGCCGCGCUGCUUGAUGACUGGCGCCUCGACGACUGGGUCGAUUUGUUCACCCAGGAUGCCAGAUAUGUGGUCCCCACCACCGACUUGCCGGACGGGGACCCCAAGCGCGACCUCGUGUUCAUCGACGACGACAUCACCCGUCUGCGCGCCCGCGCCGUCCGGCUGAACAGCCGCCACGCUCACCGCGAGUACCCGUGGUCGCGGACCCGUCGGUUUGUUUCCAACGUGCGCGUCGAAGAAACCGAUAACGGCGAGCUCUCGGUCGCCUCAAACGUCCUGGUCUAUCGGUUCCGCGCCGGCGAGGGGGCACCUUACGUGGGCAGCAUCAACUACAUUCUGCGACGGGAUGGCGGGAACCUGAAAAUAGCCUACCGCCACGCGGUCCUGGACCUGGAAGCCCUCUCGUGGCACGGCGCGGUCAGCAUCAUCUUUUGA